GGUCGCCACGGCGACGGGCGCGCAACACAGCGGCGUCCCCGGGAGUCCCGGCGGCCGGAGCGCCGGGGACGAUGGCUCGGAACCUGUACGGCCCCCGAGUCCGGAUGGGCAACUGGAACGAGGACGUCUACCUGGAGGAGGAGCUCAUGAAAGAUUUCUUAGAGAAGAGAGACAAGGGCCAACUUCUCAUACAGAGAAGCAGAAGGCUAAAAGAGAAUCUCCUGAGACAGAUGCAGCUUUCCAUAUCCCAGGACGGAUACGUUCACUACGGCGACAAAGUGAUGCUGGUGAAUCCCGACCACCCGGAAACAGAAGCUGAUCUGUUUCUGGGCGGGAACCUGAGCCUGUGUGUGACUCCAGACGAGGUGAAAGCCCAUCUGAGCGACGAGCUGGAGGUGCCGUGUGGCCUGAGCCUGGCUCAGGUCACGGUCCCCAUCGGCAGAAACACUUUCAUCGUUUUGAGCCCAGACAGAGAGGCCUCCGGUCAAGUUCUUAGAUACGGGCAGAACUUUUGCCUCGGGAUAACAGGAGGAUUUGAAGACAAAAUGUUAUAUUUGUCAAGCGACCACAGGACCCUGCUGAAGUCGUCCAAGAGGUCUUGGCUCCAGGAAGUGUACCUGACGGAUGAGGUCUCCUACCUGAGCUGCUGGCAGGCCACCUUCCCCGACCCCCAGCUGCGCCUGGAGUACGAGGGCUUCCCGGUUCCGGCAAAUGCAAAAAUUCUCAUCAAUCAUUGCCACACCAACCGGGGGCUGGUGGCGCACCGGGGUCUCUUCUUAAGAACCUAUUUCGGAAAGGAAGUUGAGGUCGCUGCUCACACAUACCUGGAUUCACACAGAGUUGAAAAACCGAAGAACCACUGGAUGCUGGUGACUGGGAACCCCAGGGAAGAGAGGUCCAUCAUGCUGGACCAGCCCAAACCACGGGCGGAGGAGCCCCGGGCCCCGGAGCAGGCGGCCAGCCCAGGGGAGCAGUGACACCCAGGCGCCUGGGCUCCUCCAGCAUAGCUACGACAUCGGCAGUCUCUGUGGUGCCUCAAGCUGUGUUUAGAUAAGGCCCAGAAGGCUUUGAACGCUGUAUUAAAACAUAGGGUGCAUCGAGAGUGUGGAAUUAGUGGUGGGAUCUGGGACAUAGAAGGACGCUAGCUCUGGGACAGCUCGUACGUAUAUUUGAAGGCGGCAGAGGGUAUGUCCACGUGGACAGUAAAUUCGGAAGAACUCAGCUUCCUCUAUUUAGAGCCUGUGUGGCAGCUGCUCCUGCAAGGACCACCUGUCACUCUUCCAAGCUGUGUCCACGUAACGAAGCUGUUGGUGCCACACUGAAUUUUUGUCCCCUCCCCACUCUGUACGAUGCAUUAAGAAUCAACCACGUGUAGCGGUGGGUCUGGCCUUUCCUUGGAGCUAAACAUUUCCCCCUUCUAUUUUCGUUCCUGCCUCUGGCCUUGGGGGUCAGGACCUCCACCCAGCUACUCGCUUGCUAUUUUGUAAUGAUUUCCAGAAGGCAGACGCUCCUUACUGCUACCUUGUCUCUGAAGCUGGCAUUAGUUGUGGCACCCACGUGAUCGGAAAGUUCCAGACAAAAUAAAUAUGUACC